AUGGAGGAACGGGCUCGGAGCUGCCUGCUGCGCUCUCGCACUGUCCUGGAGCAGGACAUCAAGUCCUCUUACCUCAUGGACCACAUGGUCAGCGACAAAGUGCUGACCACUGAUGAAGAGAAUAGCGUCAGCAGCAGGCUCACCAGGAGAGAGCAAGCAGCUGCCCUUGUUGACUUGGUCCUGCAGAAGGACAACCGUGCCUACGUCUCCCUGUACAAUGCCCUCAUCCGCGAGGGCUAUGGGGACCUGGCCUGCCUGCUACAGCAGGAUCUGCCACUCAUCUCCCCAGAGGUACAGAAGAGCUACUCAGAUGGAGGUACUCCCUAUGUUAAGAUGGUGCUUAUUGAAGGCGGAGUCCCACAGAGGCCUGUGGUGUUCGUCAGCCGGACAGUUCUCGUCAACACGAUCCGACAGAAGCUGUACAAGCUUAAGGACAACCCCGGCUGGGUCACCGUGUUUGGAAUGGCGGGGUCAGGGAAAUCUGUACUGGCAGCCGAGGCCGUGAGGGACGAGGCUCUCAUUCAAGAGUGCUUCCCCGGAGGAGUCCAUUGGCUGUCGAUUGGCCAGGUCGAUCCUCCGGGGCUGUUGGGGAAAAUGCAGUCGCUGUGCUUCCGUCUGGAGCAGAAAAGCAACUCCUCUGCCCGGAGACCCCGCUCCGUUGAAGAGGCUAAGGAACAGCUCAGAUUCCUUAUGCUGAACAAGUACCCCAGGACUCUUCUGAUCCUGGACGACAUCUGGGAUGGGGCGGCCCUGAAGAUGUUCGAUGUCCAGUGCCGGGUGCUGCUCACUACUCGAAACCGGAGCCUGGUGGACUCUGUGAGCGGCCAAAGAGAGGAGGUGGAGGUGGAGAGCAGCCUGGACCAAAAUAAAGCUUUGGAGGUUCUGGCCCUGUAUGUUAACAGGACGGUGCGGGAGCUCCCAGAGCAGGCGGGCAGUAUUGUCAAAGAGUGCAAAUGCUCCCCCCUGGUGGUGUCCCUGAUCGGGGCACUGCUUCGUGACUUCCCAGACAGGUGGGACUACUACCUGCGGCAGCUGCGGCAGAAGCAGUUCCGCCGCAUCCGCAAAUCGACCUCGUACGACUACGACGCCCUGGACGAGGCCAUGGAUGCUAGCAUCACGGUCCUGCAGAAUGACUCUCAAACGUUGUACAAGGACCUCACCGUGCUGAAGAAAGAUGUCAAGGUGCCAGCCAAAGUCCUAUCUGUCCUCUGGGAUCUGGAGUCGGAGGAAGUGGAGGACGUGCUGCAGGAGUUUGUGAACAAAUCGCUCCUGUUUCGCGACUGCAGCCAGAAGCCAUACCUGUACUAUCUGCAUGACCUGCAGCUGGACUUCCUCGCCGAACAGAACCGGGAUCGUUUUCGGGAACUGCACUCCAAAGUAGUGCGUCAGUACAACCAGUUCUACAAGAGGGGACCCCAGUUGUCUGGCAAUGAGGAGAGUCUCUAUUGGUUCAGAUACCUCACCUACCACAUGGCUCAGGCUGAGCUUUCCAAGGAGCUGUGUGAACUCAUGUUCUCCUUGAAUUGGGUCAGUACCAAAGCUCAGAUCAUGGGACCCGCCCCUCUCAUCAACGACUAUCUGGAAUACUCCACUAUACUUGAUAAAGAGAAUAGCACCGUGCGAGAGCAGUUUCAGGAGUUCCUCUCAGUGAAUGGGUACCACCUGGAGCAGAAGCCUUUCCCAGACGUGGUGCAGCUCGGCCUGGCCCAGCCAAACUCCUCCGAGGUAUACCGGCAGGCCCACUUACGGGCACAGGAGCGAGCCAGUGGCGGGGGCGAGUUCUACCUGGACUGGGUUAAUAAGAGCAGCCUGGAGAAUUUGUCCCACCUGGUGGUCAAACCACUUCAGGGAUCCAUAUUGUAUGCCUGCUUCUCCCGAAAUGGUCAAAAGAUCGCCUCCUGUGGCUCAGGCAGCAUCCUCAACGUAUUUAAGACGACAACCGGAGAGAAGCUCCUCGACAUCCAGGCGCACGAGGACGAGGUGCUGUGCUGUGCUUUCUCUCCUGAUGACAGGCUUAUCGCUACCUGCUCCAGCGACAAGAAAAUCAGGCUCUGGAACGCCGAGAGCGGGAUGCUGAACCGGACCUUCGACGAGGAGCACGAGGAGCAGGUGAACCACUGCCAGUUCACAAACGCGCGACGGCGCAUCCUGCUGGCCACUUGCUCCAACGACAGCAUGAUGAACACCAAGCUAUGGAACCCAAACCGGCAGUCCUCUCAGAACACCAUGUUUGGCCACAUGGGCCCAGUCAACCACUGCUGCUUCUCACCCGACGACAAGUUCCUGGCCUCGUCUUCCAACGACGGGACACUGAAGUUGUGGGACGUUUCGUCGGCGAACGAAUGGAAGUCCAUCGACAUCAAGGAGUUCCUGGGUGACCAAGAUGAGGAGCUAGAAACCAUAGUGAAGUGCAGCAGCUGGUCCGCAGACAGCAAGCACCUUUUUUGUGCCGCCAAAAAUGCAGUCUUUAUGUUCAGUGUGGAGACGGGGGAGCUGCUCUCUGAGAUCCGCACCAGCCGCCUGAGCACGGUGCAGUUCUGCGACUACUGCCCCAGCAGCAAGCUGGUCGCCGUGGCACUCUCCCACUACGCCGUCGAGCUGUGGGACAUGGAGACCAAGAAGAAGAUCACCGACUUCAGGGGUCACCUGAGCUGGGUGCACUGCGUCCGCUUCUCUCCGGACGGCUCUCUCCUCCUCUCGUGCUCCUCCGACGAGACUGUCAGGCUUUGGAAAACCUGCCAGAUCCACACCUCUAGCGCAGUCUCCCUGAAGCGGGACUCCGACGUGCUUUUUGAUGGGGCUACAGUCACCAUCCUGGCUGCGGACAACAUGAAUCGAUUACAGGUCCGAGACGGGACGACGGGAGAGGUGGUGCUCCAGGCGGAGGCGCAGGAGUCCCGGAUUCACUGUGUGGCGCUGUGCCGCGCCCCCCUUGCCGUGGCCCUGGGGCGGGAAGACGGGGUCGUGCAGGCAGGUCGGAUACCGACUGCUAGGCAGGUGCUGAGGAGCUUCAGCUUCUGGACUCUUCAGCUGCUGGCCCUGGGGGUCAGGAGCAGGCUUGUGGCCCUGGGCCUAGACACAGGCAGCGUGAAGAUGCUGGCGCUGCCCUCUGGGGAUGUCCUGUGCACCCUUACUGGCCACUCGCGGAUGGUGCUGCAUUGCCAGUUUAACGCCGACGGGCAGCUGCUCGUCUCAUCCUCGGAGGACGCCUCCAUCAGGGUGUGGAAGUGGAAGACAGGGGAGUGUCGGGUGUUACAGGGUCACACGGAGCAGGUCAGGAGGUUUUUGUUCCUGGCCUCUUCUCCCUCCUCUUCCGGCCUGCUGUCCUGGUCUUACGACGGCACCGUUAAGGUGUGGGACAUGGCCACCGGGGACCGGGUCCAGGACAUCUCCUGUCACCAGGCCUCCAUCCUGUCAUGUGACGCCUCGCCUAACGGACGUGUGUUUGCCACAGUCUCCACCGACAAGACUGCCAAGGUGUGGAGCCUCCACAGCUGGAGCUGCCUACACAGAUUGACGGGGCAUCAGGGCUGCAUCCGUAGCUGCUGUUUCUCCUGGGACAGCGCAGUGCUGGCCACCGGGGACGACAACGGCGAGAUUCGGCUCUGGUGUGUGCCGGACGGCUCGCUGCUCAGGAUCUGCUCCAGCGGAAGCAAGGACUCUAUGGACUCACUGCAUGGCGGCUGGGUGACAGACCUGCACUUCUCGCCUGACGACAGGGUGCUGGUGUCCACAGGAGGCUACGUCAAGUGGUGGGACGUGGAGAAGGGCGAGACUCUGCAGACCUUCUACACGAAGGGGGCCAAUCUGAAGAGGAUCCACGUGUCACCUGACUUCAGGACCUUCAUCACCAUCGACAACCUUGGAAUCCUCUACAUCUUAAGGAGAGUUGAAUGAGCCUUUGUGCAGGUGCAGAUAGGGGCUGUGCACAUCUGUGGGGUCAGCAUGUUGUUUACUGUGAAUGUUAUCCUGUGGUAUUUGAGGCAACCUGCUGAAUGCUAAUUGUUUUUAGGGCUUUUUCUACAGUGCAGGAUACUCUGGGUUUAUAUAUGAAAUGGGGAGGCCUACUUUACUACUUUUAUUAAUUGAUUCAAGUUUUUUAAUGGUAAAUCACUCUUUGUGCUUUCUGUGUUUUUGGAAACCCUGUCCUCCAGUGCUAAACAGAACAGAGCAAAGAAGCAAAUAUCAUGGAUCAGGGUUUCUUUCAGGUUUUGAGGAGCAUUUGUGAUGAAAGUCUUACCAGCCUGUUUGGAUUUGACAGGAUCUGUCGUUGUCAUGGACGUGUCGCCCACAGAUAAACCUGCUGUAAGGCUUUGGGGCUGGUUGUAGGUCAGAGGUUCAGCCGAAGUGUGUAUGAUGGUGCAUUAAUGUUCAAAAGUGGGAUCAGAAUACCUCCCAGUCAGGGGGAGUGUCUUCAUGAUGCACCCCGAACACUCACACAGCCUGUGUCCACGUGGGACGACACCCCAUGCCAGUGACAGUUUCAGAGAACACGUCACUCGUAUCAAUGGUGCUACGCACUAAAUAAAAAUGUUUACAUGUCUAUAUACA